UUCCUUUUGACACGCUCCUCCCCAAACCGUUUUGGUUCGCCACGUCAUAAAACGCAGCCAGCCUCCAACUCCAACUCCAACUCCAACCCCGAAUCCAUUCCAUUCCAUUUUCCAUUCCCAACACAACCUCCCCCACCCGAGUUCCCCACCACCUCCCCCCGGCGAUCUCUCCUGACCUGACCAUGGCCGGCUACCCGCCUCCCGGCUCCGGCUACCCCUACGGCCCGGGCGGCGGGGGUGGGGGCUACGGCGCCCCGCCUCCCUACGGCUCGUCGCCCGCGCCCUCGGCCCCGCCCUACGGCGAGACGAAGCCGCCCAAGGAAGGCAAGACCUCCUCCUCCUCCUCCUCCGGCGGCUCCGCGCCCCCCUACUACGGCGGCGCGCCACCCCCUUCCCAUCCCUCCUACGGCGGCGGGGGCGGCUACGGCGCGCCACCCCCGCAGUACGGCGCGCCACCGCCCCAGCAGUACGGGGCGCCGCCGCCCCAGUCCUACGGGGGCGGCCCGCCUGCGCCGUACGGGGGCGGAGGGUACGGAGGCAGCCCGUUCGCGUCGCUGGUGCCCUCGGCGUUCCCGCCGGGGACCGACCCCAACGUGGUCGCCUGCUUCCAGGCCGCCGACCGCGACGGCAGCGGCAUGAUCGAUGACAAGGAGCUGCAGUCUGCGCUGUCCGGGUAUAACCAGAGCUUCAGCCUCCGCACUGUUCAUCUACUCAUGUACCUCUUCACCAACACCAACGUCCGCAAGAUCGGACCCAAGGAAUUCACUUCUGUGUUUUACAGUCUUCAGAACUGGAGAGCAAUAUUUGAGAGGUUUGAUCGUGAUCGAAGUGGCAGGAUUGACACAUCAGAACUGCGUGAUGCUCUUCUCAGUCUGGGAUAUUCUGUCUCUCCAACCGUCCUAGAUCUGCUUGUGUCUAAAUUUGACAAGACUGGGGGCAAGAGCAAAGCAAUUGAAUAUGAUAACUUCAUCGAAUGCUGCCUCACUGUUAAGGGACUGACUGAGAAGUUCAAGGAGAAGGACACUGCAUACUCUGGGUCAGCGACUUUUACCUACGAGGCCUUCAUGCUGACCGUGCUCCCUUUCCUCAUCGCGUAGUGGCAGUUUACUCCACAGCUCAAAACAAGCUUUAUAAGCCUUUUUAAGUACUAUAUGUAAUACUAUGCCUGCUGUACAAAGAUGGUUAUGUUCGCAGAGUUGUUUUUCGAUGAGUUUCAGUUCUGGAUUUAACUUCUGUUGCGAGUCAUAAAGUUACUCUGAAAUGGAGAAGGUACUUGUUGGUUGAACAGAUGCCUUAUGGUUGUGGCCUGAGGGUGGGUCAGAAAUUGCUGCAUUGUGGGCUAUCAGUUUGUUCAAUAAGAACUACUCCCUCUA